GACAGUGAGGUGUCUGAUUUUGUCAACACAAUACAGAUGGCGGUGAAGAAUAUAAAGGGGAGAGGCACAUGUGGAGACUCUCAAUGGGCAGCAGCAAGGGAGACCUCUAGGCGGGCCUCUAAACUGGAUGAGGAAGGCGUUGAGGUUGCGGUGUGUCGGCAUGGCUUCCUUUUAAAAGCCCUUAACAUGUACCGAGGAGAGAUAUUUGCGUAUCCUAUGUAUCUCCAAAGGGAGCUUCUCCCAAGCAAGGCACAGUUUUUUGCUAUGGAUGUGGCAUGCAAAUACUGGCCAUACCUACAAAAAGUUGCUUCGGUCAUUCCAGCUCUCAAGAGCCUCACAGAAAUGAAGCCCUUCCUGAGCAUCAUGCAUGCAAGAGCUCAUGCUACCAAGUGUGAGAUAAAAUGGAGUGGUCGGAAUCAGAAGGGAGCAGGCACAACUGCCGGUGAGGAGGUGGAGCAAAUAAACAGCUACCUCUCCCGUUGUGCCCUGACAACAAAGUACAUGUCAAAAGCAGCACGUGUGGACAUGCUCACUGUGCAUGCAAUGGGUUGGAACCAUCACAAAGCAGAGACGCUACACAAGGCCCUCUCCACAAGAUAUGUGAAGACAUCUAAAAGGGCAGAAGAAGAGGCAGAGAGGCUGUCACAACUGCAGAAGGACCUGCAGUGCUCAAAUGCAAUGGCUGUACAGUGGAUUGCUGAAGUCAAGGAAUGGGCAGAGAGCGAGACCCCAGUAACGGGUCUGCACGUUCUCCAGCAGUCCAUUGAGGGUCUCCAUCUGGGUCUAAAGCAACAGAAACAAACCCUCUACCGUCAGAAUGACAGCAACAAGCUUCGCCAUCGUCUCCGAAGAAAGUUGACGGAAGACAAAAAGCGCCUUCUCCAGGAGAUUGAUAAAUACAACAGUCUUGUUGCAGACCUCUCCAAAAGGAUUGAUGUGGCCUUGGUUGACCACUCUUUGGCUGGACAGAGCACUGGCGCAAUAUGGCCAUGGGAGGACUAUGGCAGUGUAACAAUCGGGGUCAAGAAACGACUGCACGACCAGGAAAUGCUGAAAACACGGCUGGAAGAGGAGCUCCCUAUCCUGGUGUUGGAGAUGGCCCAGCACUGUACGUGGUUGCAGAACCUGGGAGUGGCCCUCAAGACGGAGCUUGCAAGAUACGGUAAGUUAAAGACAAGUUUUGGGGAUCCCAUUUAAUGUAUUCAAUUAGUGGGGGAUGUUUCAAUAUAUAUUAACGUUGUUGGGUUUUCUGUCCUCUACUUGUAGAAGAUGAAAAUGGACUUCACUGUCUCUUGGCAAGAAGACUUGCGGAAGUGGAAGAACGACAUCAAAUGGUCCUGCAGCGGUGUAAGACUGCUCUAGGUCCAUUGGCCUCUGUCCUCCUUGACGUUUGUGAGGAAGAGGAAUGUGAUCCGAUGGGCCUGGUCAGUCCAGACACCAGCGAGGAUGAGGAAGAUGCAAGAGAACAAGC